AUGGACGAAACAACGCCUCUCCUGCCUGGACAAAAUGACCACAACGACGAGGAUACUACCGCAACACGACUAACACGCGUCUCAAGAAUCAUCGCCAUCCUCAUCUGGUCGUCUAUCAUUACAUCUGCCGUGACCUUCUUGUACAGCCUCGCCGUCUACCUGGUGGUCAAACUCUCCCUUUACUAUGUCUUCUUCUCUUGGGGAAUGCGAGAUACCAUCGAAAUGUUGCUCCCUCUGAGCUUCUUAUGUGCGGUCGUCAGCUUGUUCGGCAUCUUCAAGCUGACCGUCCCAAGUACCGGCGCAUGGCUCUUCGUCAACUUUAUCUUCGAUCUGUUGAUCGUAUUCCUCCUUUUGGCUAAUAUUGCUCUUUCUGGCUCCGUGGUUGCAAGCAGGGGACAAUGCGUUGACUAUUCUCGAAAGUUUCCAGCUCCAGGGUUCGAGGGGAGAUGUAACAGGUUUGCGAACGCGAUCAAGGCGCUGAUACUCGUGGGACUCGUAUUCGAGAUGGCCCUCAUGUAG